UACAAUAUAUAUAUAUAUUAUUACUUGGCAACCAGAACCAGAAACCAUUGCUCUGUUUUAUAUGCCAUUUCCAUAAGUUUUCAUCUUCUUUUGCUAAUCUAAUCUGUGACUAGAGAGAGAUGGGGUUCACUAAGAAAGAGUUCGAAUUUCUGGGUGAGAUCGGUGUGGGACCCGACAACCUCGGUGGCUAUGUCGAUGGUAAAUGGAAAGCAACUGGGCCUGUCGUCUCCUCUGUUAAUCCUUCAAACAAUCAGGAAAUUGCUAGAGUCACUGAAGCAUCUAUUGAAGAUUAUGAGGAGGGAAUGAAAGCUUGCAAUGAAGCAGCCAAGAAAUGGAUGAGUAUCCCUGCACCAAAGAGAGGUGAAAUAGUUAGACAGAUAGGAGAUGCACUAAGAGCUAAAUUGGAGUUUCUGGGUAGGCUUUUGUCGCUUGAGAUGGGAAAGAUACUUCCUGAGGGAAUAGGGGAGGUUCAAGAAAUUAUUGAUAUGUGCGAUUAUGCUGUUGGUUUAAGCCGGCAACUGAAUGGAUCUAUCAUACCUUCCGAACGUCCAGAUCAUAUGAUGUUUGAGGUGUGGAAUCCACUGGGGAUAGUGGGUGUAAUCACUGCUUUCAACUUCCCAUGCGCUGUUCUUGGGUGGAAUGCCUGCAUUGCUUUAGUAUCUGGUAACUGUGUUGUGUGGAAGGGUGCUCCAACGACUCCAUUGAUAACUAUUGCUGUGACUAAGCUUGUGGCAGAGGUUUUUGAGAAGAACAACUUGCCAGGUGCAAUAUUCACAUCUUUCUGUGGAGGUGCUGAAAUUGGUCAAGCAAUAUCGAAAGAUACACGUAUAGCACUGGUCUCAUUCACUGGAAGCUCAAAGGUAGGUUCAAUAGUCCAAAAAACGGUAAAUGAAAGGUUUGGCAAAUGCUUGCUUGAAUUAAGUGGGAACAAUGCGAUAAUUGUCAUGGAUGAUGCCGACAUCGACCUAGCUGCGCGUUCUGUUUUGUUUGCAGCUGUUGGUACAGCUGGUCAGCGCUGCACAACAUGCCGCAGACUGUAUCUUCAUGAAAGCAUAUACCAGAAGGUAUUAGAUCAACUAAUUGGAGUUUACAAGCAAGUCAAAGUUGGGGACCCCUUGGAGAAAGGAACUCUGGUUGGACCAGUACAUACUCGUGCCUCAAGGGACAACUUUGAGAAAGGGAUUUCAAACAUAAAAUCCCAGGGAGGGAAAAUCCUGGUAGGUGGAUCAGUUAUAGAAUCAGAUGGAAAUUUUGUGCAGCCGACCAUUGUUGAGAUCUCCCCUGAUGCCUCCAUAGUGAAAGAAGAAUUGUUUGGUCCUGUUCUGUAUGUUAUGAAAUUCAAGACUCUAGAUGAAGCAAUUGAAAUGAACAAUUCUGUACCACAAGGAUUGAGUAGUUCAAUCUUCACACGCAAGCCUGAGAUUAUAUUUAAAUGGAUAGGGCCACAUGGCAGUGAUUGUGGUAUAGUGAAUGUAAACAUACCUACAAAUGGAGCUGAAAUUGGUGGUGCUUUUGGUGGAGAAAAGGCAACUGGUGGUGGUCGUGAAGCAGGAAGCGACUCUUGGAAGCAAUACAUGCGACGAUCAACAUGCACAAUCAAUUAUGGAAGUGAACUACCAUUGGCUCAGGGAAUUAAUUUUGGCUAAUAAGUUGGCCUUGCAGUGAGGUAUGCUUGCUCUGUCUUCAUGAUCUAAGUUCAACAUGGAGGGUCAGGAUACAUUCAACAAAAUCUGCUUUUGAGGUUGUGCCUCUCCUGCCAUUUUUAAUGUAUUACAAAAAAAAAAAGGAGAUUUCAGAUGCCUUAUGUACUAUGUAGAACUGGUCUUAUUUCCAUUUACAACAAAUAAAAGCAUUUUAAAAUAAAUUAUCUGAAUUUUA